GCCAAAUACAGCACCUUGUACGCUGCAUUCUUGGGUGUGAGGGCAGGGCUGUUGUGCAAGUGACAGACACUUGUGGAAUUACGUAAUGGCUGACCCAAAGUAUGCAAACCUUCCAGGUCUGGCUCCUGAUGACGAGCCAGAUACGUUUGAGACGGAUGAGCGACCGGAGGCCGACCAGGAUGCCGAUUAUGACGACGAAAGCGAGAACGUGGAAAAGCUGCAUGUAUCCGCCACGGAGGCCUUCAACAAGUUCAAAGACAAGAGCCUGGAUGGCCAGAAGGCGGACUUCUCAGAUCGCCUCCGAAGAGGACUGAACACGGGCUACGCGGCACGCACCGGCCAGUGGGAGCUGGCCGGCGAGGGCGAGCCAGAGACCGUCGUGCAGAAGUACCAGCGGCUGAAGCUGGAGGUGCAGCAGCUGGACGAGGAGAUCGCUAGCGUGCAGUCGGGCCUGCAGCCGGACUCGUCGGAGGCGGAUCGCUCGUCGGCCCAGAUCGGCGCCGAGGUGGAGCGGCUGCACCGGCACCUGGCCGAGGUCAACCUCGAGCAGCUCCUCGGCGCUCAGGUGCUCAACGCCCUGGGCGACCCGCAGGGCGCGCUGCGCAGUAAGCUGGAGCUGCAGCUGUCCCAGCUAGCAAGCGGGGCCGCGCCAGCCGCCAAGUCGGCCGCCCCGGCCGGCGGCGAGGGGGCCACCUACGAGCUGCACGUGCGCCCGGAGAAGGUGCGCGCUCAGCAGGCGUCGGCGCUCGGCGAGCUGGAGAAGCGGCUCGAGCGCAUGGAGCGGGCCGUGGGCGCCACGCCAGAGAAAAUGAGCCGGCUGUCGGCCGAGACGCGGCAGCGCUCGCUGCUGUCGGCCGUGGCCACUCUCAGCUCGAAGGUGGCCCUGCUGGACCCGGCCACGCUGGAGGCGGCCGAGGCGCGCCUUCAGGCGCUCCACCAGCGCAUGAACCAGCUGGCCGAGCAGCGCGCCGCCGGCGUCGACGCCGACAAACUGUCCACUAUCACGGAGCUACACGACCUGAUGCAGAAGACGGCCGGCGUCCAGGGCGAGCUGCCGGCCAUCCUGGAGCGUCUCAACUCUCUGCAGACGCUGCAUGAUCACGCGCUCAACUUCUCGCGCUCGCUGACCCAGCUGGAGUCGGCGCAGCAGAAGAUCGAGGCGGGCCUGAGCCAGGGCGAGGCGCGCCUCGGUCAGGUGCAGGCCGACUGCGCCGCCUCGCUGGACACCAUCAAGCAGGGACUCGACUCGCUCGCCGCUGAAUAUGAGCUGGGCGUACAGGCGGACGUUACCAUGCGAACGUAA